CCGGGAUGGGGGAGGCUGAGCUGGGAUCACGGCUGGUUCACGCUGUGGCGAUGAGCGCAGUCAGACCCUCUAAACACCUCUCACUCUGUCCUUCUGUCCAGCGCCUUGCCGUCUCUUGCUGGAUCAAGGACAACAUCCACAAGAAGGAAUGUUGCUUCUAUGAAAAAGAUUCCAGUAAAGAGGAUGUUUGUAAGUGUGGCUACUCCAAGACUGAACAUCCAGCUGAAGCCAUCAAGCCAGAAGACUUCACGGGGGCGUCUUGGGACAUACACAAACAUGUCCAUGAAGUGCCAACUGAUGCUUUUGGAGACAUCAGCUUUGGUGGUGUGGGACAAAAGUUGGGCAAGUAUGCGCGAGUGUCCACAGAGACCAGGCCUGAAGUCCUGUACCGCCUAUUGACUGAUCAGUGGAAACUCCCCCCUCCCAACCUGCUGAUCUCCGUGACUGGAGGGGCCAAGAAUUUCUACCUGAAGGCCCAUCUCAAGAACAUGUUUCACCGAGGUCUUAUCAAAGUGGCCCAGACAACAGGUGCAUGGAUCAUCACCGGCGGCACCCAUGCAGGUGUGAUGAAGCAUGUCGGGCAGGCUGUGCGGGAUUACGCCCUCAGUAACUCAGUGCAAGGCAAGAUAGUUGCUAUUGGAAUAGCAACAUGGGGAGUAAUUCACAACAGGGACACUUUGGUGCAUUCAGAGGGUUGUUUCCCGGCCCAUUAUUUGAUGGACACCAAGGACCAGGGCCGCUUGUCUUGUCUUGACAACAACCAUACGCACUUCCUGCUGGUGGACAAUGGGACCCACGGAGAGUACGGUGUGGAGAUUGAAUUGCGUAGCCGUCUAGAGAAAUGCAUCUCCGGAAAGCGUCUUGGAAACAAAGAGAGUGGUGCAACCAUCCCCGUGGUGUGUGUGGUUUUGGACGGAGGACCUGGCACACUGAGUACCAUCUACAACGCCAUGCUGAAUGGAACACCAUGUGUGAUCCUGGAGGGCUCAGGAAGAAUUGCAGAUGUGAUCGCCCAGGUGUCAGGACAGCCACUGAGUCAUAUCACUAUCACCCUCAUUCACCACUUGAUGAAGAAGUUUUUUGGUGCAGAGUAUGAAGGGUUUUCCGACCUCAAGAUUUUAAGGUGGACCAAGAUGAUUCAGGACAUCAUCAGGAUGUCUCACUUGCUUACAAUAUUCAGAAUAAGCGAGGACAGCCACGCGGAUGUGGAUGUGGCCAUUCUUCAAGCACUACUCAAAACUUCACGGAUCAAUGCGUCACAGGGAAUCGAGUCCUGGAAGAGGCAGCUGGAGCUGGCUAUAGCCUGGAACCGAGUAGACUUAGCUGAGACCGAGAUCUUCACUGAGGAGAGCCAGUGGAAGUCCAGCGACCUCCACUGGGCCAUGUUCUCAGCGCUGGUUGGCAGCAAGCCUCAGUUUGUGAGUUUGCUCCUGGAGAACGGUGUGAGUCUGAGGGAUUUCCUGCAAGAUGAGGAAACUCUGUGUGAGCUCUACAGACAGCUGCCCAGCUGCUUCUUCCUGCGCAAGCUGGCCAAGCGGGUCCUCAGUAGUCAUCGCGGCAGGAGGAAAGCGUUCGGCAUCAGGGCUCGACCUCGCAUGAGCCAAGGCGAAACGAUCUCCCUGACGCACAUCUCUGAGGAGGUGCGCCACCUGCUGGGCAACUUCACCAAGCCCCUGUACUCUCCCCCCACUGCGGCAUACCACUUCAACAUGACUCUGGAGGAAACUUCAAUGUCACUGUCUAAAAGUACACCAAGUUCCCAGUCUCCACCCAAGGAGGACAAGCCUGAACCACAAAGGGACCCGGGCAGAGACCUUUUCCUUUGGGCUAUCGUCCAGAAUAAUAAGGAGCUGGCUGAAAUUGCCUGGGAGCAGUGUAGAGACUGCAUGUCCGCCGCUCUGGCCAGCAGUAAGAUCCUGAAGAAAAUGGCACAAGAAGGAAGCGAUGCAGAUGAGGCAGAGGACAUGCUAGAGCUCGCCGAUCAUUACGAGAGACACGCCAUUGGUGUGUUCAGCCAGUGCCACAAGAAUGACGAGGAACGAGCUCAGAAGCUGCUGGUCCGCGUGUCCCACUCUUGGGGUAAAACAACAUGCCUGCGGUUGGCGCUGGAGGCCGACGAUAAAAACUUUGUAGCUCAGUCGGGCGUCCAGGCUCUGCUGACUCAGAUCUGGUGUGGUGAGCUGUCAGUGGACAGCCCUGUGUGGAGAGUCCUGGUCUGUAUGGUCUUCUUCCCUCUCAUCUACACCAGCUUUCUGGUUUUUAGACGUGAUGAAACCAUCCAGAGAGACCAUGACAAGAGGGAGGAGAUAAAGACAGUCGAGACAGUGACAGGAAGCAUGCACCAUAUAACGUCUGGCUCCCUACCACAGUUGAAGCCUCUGAGCUGCUGGUCCAGACUGUUGAGCCUGUACAGUUCACCACAGGUCAAGUUUUACUGGAAUAUAGUGUCGUACUUCGCCUUCCUCUUCCUGUUUGCUGUGGUCCUGAUGAUUGACUUCCAGAGGACACCCUCACCUGCGGAGUUUCUGCUCUACAUCUGGCUGGUGUCUCUAGUGUGUGAGGAGAUCAGACAGCUGUUCCAUGAUCCGGACGGUUUUGGGUUUCGGAAGAAAGCCAAAAUGUACAUCAACGAACUCUGGAACAUCUUAGAUGUCCUGUCCAUCCUCCUGUUUAUCGUUGGCCUUGUAUUUAGGCUGACAACUGAGCUGUUCUACGCGGGGAAAAUCCUCCUCUGCAUCGACUUUGUGGUCUUCUGCCUCCGCCUCAUGGCAAUCUUCACUAUCAGCCGCACCCUGGGACCCAAAAUCAUCAUCGUGAAAAGGAUGAUGAUGGAUAUGUUCUUCUUCAUGUUUCUGUUGAGUAUCUGGGUGGUGGCAUACGGUGUAGCCAAACAAGGCAUCCUCAUCGACAAUGACAAUCGCCUGGACUGGAUUAUCCGCGGGGCGGUUUACGAGCCGUACGUCACCAUAUUCGGGAAUUUCCCCACUAAUAUCGACAACACUGCCUUUGACAUAAACAGCUGCAGUAUGAAUGGCACAGAUCCCCUGAAGCCCAAGUGCCCUGUGCUGAAUGAGAACCAAACACCAGUCUUCCCUGAGUGGCUCACCAUCAUCAUGCUUUGUGUUUACUUGCUCUUCGCCAACAUACUGCUGCUCAACCUGCUCAUAGCGAUCUUCAACUUUACGUUCCAGGAAGUCCAGGACAACACGGACAGAAUAUGGAAGUUUCAGAGAUACGAGCUGAUUAAGGAGUAUCACAGUCGCCCGGCUGCGCCGCCUCCUUUGAUCAUCCUCAGUCACCUCUACAUCUUCAUCAGGAACACGGUGCUGCGGAAACCGUUCGUGUGCAAAGAGUUCAAGAAUGAGCUGCCUCAGCUAGAGGAGGAGGAGCUGUUGUCCUGGGAGGCCUUGAUGAAGGACAGAUACCUGCAGUCCACACAGCAGGACCAGAGCCAGAGCACAGAGCGGCGUAUCCUGGAUACAGCCCAAAAGGUCACCGCGAUAGCAGAUUGUCUGGAGAGAGAAGAGGAAAUGGACUCCGCCGCCGUGGUGAAAAGACUGGCCCAACUAGAGAAACAGGCCAUCCAGUCAACCAGAGCCCUGCAGUGGAUUGUGGACUGUCUGAAAUCUCAGGGUUUUGCUCCAACAGAACCACAAUCGCAGACUUCAGCUACGCCGGACGAGGCCACCGAGUCUUUGAGGAGCGCUCUAGAAAGAGAUGACGGCUUCCACGUGAACUCCCGUCAGUUCCGCUACCCGAACAGCAAAGUGACGCGUUUCCCUGUGCCUGAGGAGAAGGUGCCGUGGGAGGUCAGCUUCAGCUCGUACAUGCCUAUUUAUUACGUAUCUGAAGACGGUGACGAUCAUGUGGAUGGAUCAGAACCAGGAGCCUUAGAUAAUUUCAGGAACCCUGGAGGGAGGACGGGCAUCAGAGGUCGAGGCGCUCUCAGCUGCCUGGGACCAAACCUCAACUUAGACCUUGUGCUCACACGCUGGCAGGACAGUGAGAGGUCUGUUUUGGAGUACCUGGCAGUUUGGGACGAGAGUCGAGGGACGUUGGCUUUGCCUGGCGGACCUGUCGACUCUGCGGAUCAGCUGCCAUUGUGUCUCAAAAGAACCUUGGGGAAGAAGCUGUAUGAAACCUUAAAUGAAAAGGUGUCAGAGGGAACAAAGGUGUCUGAAGGUUACGUAGACGACUGCAGGAACACAGAUAACGCCUGGGUGGAAGCCACCGUCCGAAACAUCCACCUGGACAGGACAAGCCAGGUGAUGGUGGACAUCAACAACAUGGUGGUGAGCAGCCAUGGCUAUCUUCAGUGGCGGGAGGUGAGCGGCAAAGCCAGACUCAGCUCAAACCAAAGAGACUCUCUGCGGCAGGUUGCUUUGCUGCACAACAGGAAGUUCUGAUGUUCACACGACUGCAACUGUAAACGUGCCUCUGCAUCCAUGGGCCCUGCCUUCAAACGUGGCCUUCCGCUCAGGCUGCUGUAGAUUAGCUGUUUUGCACUGAAUGCACGUGCGACUGAAGACACUAUGAAGCCACCGAGAAUGCUGCUGUAUGUGAACUGAAUGUCUAGCCUGCACGCCGUGCUGCACAUUUCAUACUUACUCAAAUACAGGACUAGAUAGUCGUACUUUUACCUCACUGAUAUGACCAUAAACUUAUCCAUUAUCUUUUUAAUAAAAUAUAGUGGUAAUCACAGGAAUGCAAGUUGUUACCCGAUACCAAACACUGUAUAAAACCUGCUGCACUUUCAAUGCAAUCAUCAGUAGUAAUAAUAUCUUUUUUUUUCCUGCUACUAUUUUUAAUUGAAGAGCAUUUUGUGUUCUCUCAUAAUGGAUUUACUUUUGUAUUACUUAUUAUUGUAUUUAAGUAAACGCGCUAUGUUUUUUUCUUUGUCUGACUAUUUUAUUGCACAUUACUCUUGUUCCAGAUAUUUAUUAAAAUUUGACUUGUGCUUGUGCGUGUGCUGUCUAAUAUAAGGCACAGGAGGAGCUGGAGACACGCUGAAAAGCUUGUGCUCGUGUGAGCGGAGAGCUGAGGGUUUUCCUCCACCUCCAGGCUGCACUGCUGUGAUAUAGUUUCGGAGCAGACUCCUCGGCCUCUCAUUGGUCCAGGCAGAGGUGGCCAGACGGCGCAGUAUCGGUUUCACACCCUCUCCGUUCGCCUCCUGUGUUAGCGUGUGCGUGUCUGCGUGUUUUUUAUUUUUAUUCCGAUCAAUCAAUAACUCUGAAGCUAGUAAAUCAGAAGGCAGGCUCUGCGUCUGUGACAAAUAAGCGAACUUGUGUUCAAUCAUGUUGUCGGGAGUGAACAGAUUCCAGUGUUUCUGUCGUCAGUCUGUUUAAAUGUAAGGAUUAAAGCUGAUCCACUCCGUGGGUUCUACAGUGAAAUGUCA